UAUGGGUCAGAUAGGAGACCAUCGGUUUCAAUCUGGUUGAUUUCUGUAGGUUUAUUUUACCGUUUUACCUCUGGAGAUUCAUAUCAGGGGUUAAUUGAUAAUUAACAGACUCACUGACAGACUAAACGCUGCUCUGCGGCCUCAUCUGCGCCUUUUUGUCUGCGGGAAAACAGGAUGAUGUUUAUUAUUAGACGCUGAAACAAUCGACGGCGCGUUUUGUCGAGCCGUAAAAAAUAAAAAAAGGGUGUUUCCACAAACCAGGCUGUCAAACAUAAGAAGACCAUAGAUGUGAUUCUUUCUCACUACCGGCAGCGUUUGUGAAAAAAAGAAAUUCAUCCAGAUGAUGUCCGGAAAGCAUUUCAAGGCUCAUGAAGUGAGCUGCUGCAUCAAGUAUUUCAUCUUCGGUUUCAACAUCAUUUUCUGGUUUCUUGGUGUGGCGUUCCUUGGAAUUGGGUUGUGGGCAUGGAGUGAGAAGGGUGUUCUGUCCAACAUCUCGUCCAUCACAGACCUGGGGGGCUUCGACCCUGUGUGGCUCUUCCUUGUGGUGGGUGGGGUGAUGUUCAUCCUCGGAUUUGCCGGUUGCAUUGGAGCGCUGCGAGAAAACUCUUUUCUGCUGAAAUUUUUCUCCGUGUUCCUGGGUAUCAUCUUCUUCCUGGAGCUGACUGCUGGAGUCUUGGCCUUUGUCUUCAAAGACUGGAUCAAGGACCAGCUCAACUUUUUCAUUAACAACAACAUUCGGGCCUACAGAGACGACAUUGAUCUGCAGAACCUGAUAGAUUUCACUCAGGAAUAUUGGGAGUGUUGUGGAGCUUUUGGAGCUGACGAUUGGAAUUUGAACAUCUACUUCAACUGCACUGAUUCAAACCCAAGUCGUGAGAAAUGUGGAGUGCCCUUUUCUUGCUGCACCAAAGAUCCAGCGGAGGAUGUCAUAAACACUCAGUGUGGAUACGACAUCCGAGCAAAAGCGGACUCUGAGCAGAGGCCUUUCAUCUACAUUAAAGGGUGUGUCCCACAGUUUGAGAAGUGGCUUCAAGACAACCUGACAGUGGUUGCAGGCAUCUUUAUUGGGAUUGCAUUACUACAGAUUUUUGGCAUCUGUUUAGCGCAGAAUCUCGUGAGUGACAUUGAAGCAGUUAGAGAGAGUUGUUUGUUUACCUAAGACCUCCACAGAAUCUCCAAAGGCAAGAAGGAUGUACCCGGACUCUUCAGAUCAGACGCCAGCAAUGAAGGGAAAUACAUUAAUCAGCUGAUGCGUUCAGAAUGAAGAGCCUCAUUUCUGUGUAAAUAAUAAACUUAAGAGUUAUUUUUAGAGUUAUCUGUGGCCCUGUUUUUUAAUGAAGCACCACCUCUGACAAGUAUUGCAUCUCACAUAUAGUACAAUAAAAAAACAACAAAUGCAUUGCAACUUCUUUGCAGUAUAAGCAGCUACGAUGGUAAAGAUGCUCAUGACAUUUAUCUGCAGUCUUGUGAGAUAGUAGCUGAGGAGGCCGUCAUAAGAUCAUAAAAUAGAUUUGAUAUUUUAUCAGAAUUAGUGCUUCAUUUAGAGAAGGGCCUUGGUUUUUUAUGUCUCACAACUACAGUUUUUAAAGCUGUAUGUAAGGGUUGUGUACAAAGAUCAAGUGAUUCUGGAAAUGCACUGCAUGCCUAUUGUCUACUGGUAGGACAUUGGCUCUCCUAACUGUAUUUCAUUAAUGUAAUGCAUUUUAAAAUAUUUGUAAAAUAGUCACUAGUUUAGAUUGAAUCGGCUGGUUAGCACUUUGUGAAAUGUUUAAUGGAAUCUACUCAAAGCUUCGGAGAAUUAAGUUUAGAUUUAUUUUCUAUCAGCGAGAUCACACAUUUAUCAUACAGAUACAGUUUGUUCGCAGAGAUUUGCGAGGCUGAGGUGGAUAUAGUAACAUGUAGUAUAAUGAAAGCAUAUAAUAGAUGUGGUAGGCUUUGUGAAGUUGCAGUUUGUAUGAGUUUUGGCAGUGACAUUAAAAUAAUGUCUAAAUAUAUUGGGAGAAACUGAAGAUAUGGCGUCUAAAUCAAAACUCAGCCUUAAGCACUUUAAUCUUCAUAGGACAGUGAUGAAAGCUGGUCGCAGCCACACAGCUUUUGUCUUGAUGGACUGUUAGUUUAAGUCAAGCAUACAGCAACUGGAGGGGGCACUUUCUUGAAAACUAGCAUCUGUAAUUUCUUGGUGCUCCAUAAUUGUCAUAUACAUCUCGACUUUGUCCAAAAGCAGCUUGACAGAAAAUGUGUUUCGCACAUUCUUGUUUUGUGCUAUUCCUUGCACAUUAUCUUAUCUUACUGUUUAUUCAUUUAUUUUUCUCCAUUUUUUCUUUGAUGAAAUCUGCCUAAUCGAUGAUAAAUCUUUGUUGGUUGUGUUUGAUUUUUUUCUGUGUUUCACUGGAAAAUAAGGAUAAAAGCUAUUUCCAAGGUUUAUAAUGAAUGGCAUGCUGGUACUUCUUGGAGGCACUUAACUGAACUUAGAAAUAAUUUAUAGCUAACAUACAUAUAGUAAUUGAAAAUAGAGUCCAGACUCUAUCACCAGCAUCAUUUCAAAUGCAAACUGAAAUACAAUUUGUUGUUUUUUUCUUUUAGACAUUACCUGGAAGCAUAUAAUUUACCAUUAUAUUUUAAAAAAAACAACUGUUAAGUGAGAUUAAGAGCAGCCGUUUCAUUUAAAGACAGUGUGACUGAGCUCAGCAUCCUCACACAGGAUGUUGAACACUUAAUUUCUACAUUUCACAUGUUAUAAAGGUGUCAGGUAUCCCUUUUUCCAUUAAAACAUCCCAUGAUUGUUGAUAUUGACCUAUUACACUUUUCUUACCACUCAGUGCCAUACAUGUGAUUUCUACAUAUUCCUGACUAUAACUUUCAUGUGUACUCCUGAUUCUUGUAAAUAACUGGACCGUAACAAGUUGUAAAUAUACAUCUGAAUAAAUGUGGUUCUUUAUA